AUGGGCCACCCGGGAAUGCCCCACUACCCCCCGAUGGGGAUGCACCCCAUGGGGCAGAGACCCCCCAACAUGCCCCCGGUCCCCCACGGGAUGAUGCCGCAGAUGAUGCCCCCCAUGGGGGGACCCCCGAUGGGGCAGAUGCCUGGAAUGAUGCAGUCGGUGAUGCCUGGAAUGAUGAUGUCCCACAUGUCCCAGGCUGCCAUGCAGCCCACGGUUCCUCCAGGAGUGAACAGCAUGGAUGCACAAGUAGGAGUGACCCCUCCUGGGACUCAGACAACACAUCCCGUGGUGUCCACAGUCCAGCAGAGCUCCACCAGCAGCAGCUCUGCCGGCGAGGAGCACUCCAAGCAGAAAUCCACGUGGACGGAGCACAAGUCCCCGGAUGGAAGAACUUAUUACUACAACACCGAGACCAAGCAGUCCACGUGGGAGAAGCCAGAUGACCUCAAAACCCCUGCUGAGCAAUUGUUGUCCAAGUGUCCCUGGAAGGAGUAUAAAUCAGAUUCUGGGAAGCCUUAUUAUUACAAUUCCCAAACAAAGGAAUCCCGCUGGGCAAAACCCAAAGAGCUGGAGGAUCUUGAAGCAAUGAUUAAAGCUGAAGAAAACAGCACGAAGCCGGAGGAUGCGGCGGCCGCCUCGGCCGCGGCCGGGGACGCCGCGAGCGCGGCUCCGGCGGCCGACGGCGCCGCGGCCGCUCCGGCGGGAGCCGCUCCCGAGGCGGACCCGGCCCCGGCCGCGGCCGCGGGGGACACGGACGGAGCCGGCGCGGCCGCGGCCGAGGAGCAGGGCCAGGGCGGCGCCGCGCCCGGCGCGCAGGACGGCGGCGCCGACGCCGCGGCCGCCGCCACGGAGGAGGCGGCCAAGCAGGAGGGCGCGGGAGAUGCUGCUGCAAAGAAGGAGGAUGAGGAUGCCCAACCAGUUAAAAAAACUUACACGUGGAACACAAAGGAAGAGGCCAAACAAGCAUUUAAAGAACUGUUAAAAGAAAAGCGAGUUCCAUCCAAUGCUUCCUGGGAGCAGGCCAUGAAAAUGAUCAUUAAUGACCCCAGAUACAGUGCUUUGGCAAAACUGAGUGAAAAGAAGCAGGCCUUUAAUGCCUACAAAGUUCAGACAGAGAAGGAGGAGAAGGAAGAAGCCAGAUCCAAGUACAAGGAAGCCAAGGAAUCCUUCCAGCGCUUCCUGGAAAACCACGAGAAGAUGACAUCCACCACCAGAUACAAAAAAGCUGAACAGAUGUUUGGGGAGAUGGAAGUGUGGAAUGCCAUAUCCGAGCGGGACCGGCUGGAGAUUUAUGAGGAUGUUCUGUUUUUCCUGUCCAAGAAGGAGAAGGAACAAGCCAAGCAGCUGCGGAAGAGGAACUGGGAAGCUCUGAAGAACAUCCUGGAUAACAUGGCCAAUGUCACCUACUGCACCACCUGGUCAGAGGCCCAGCAGUACCUCAUGGACAACCCCACCUUUGCCGAGGAUGAGGAGCUCCAGAACAUGGAUAAGGAGGAUGCCCUGAUCUGUUUUGAGGAACAUAUCAGGGCCUUGGAGAAAGAGGAGGAGGAAGAGAAGCAGAAAAGUUUGCUGAGGGAAAGGAGGAGGCAACGUAAAAACAGGGAAUCUUUCCAGCUGUUUCUGGAUGAGCUGCACGAGCACGGGCAGCUGCACUCCAUGUCCUCCUGGAUGGAAUUGUACCCAGCCAUCAGCUCCGACAUCAGGUUCACCAGCAUGCUCGGCCAGCCUGGAUCAACCGCACUUGACCUGUUCAAGUUUUACGUGGAGGAUUUAAAAGCUCGUUACCACGAUGAGAAGAAGAUAAUUAAAGACAUCUUAAAGGAUAAAGGAUUUGUGGUGGAAGUGAACACUUCCUUUGAGGAUUUUGUCACUGUCAUCAGCUCCACUAAAAGAGCCACCACGUUGGAUGCAGGGAACAUCAAGCUGGCUUUCAACAGUCUGCUGGAGAAGGCGGAAGCGCGGGAGCGGGAGCGGGAGAAGGAGGAGGCGCGGAAGAUGAAGAGGAAGGAAUCAGCCUUCAAGAGCAUGCUGAAACAAGCCACCCCCCCCAUCGAGCUGGAUGCUGUCUGGGAGGAUAUCAGAGACAGAUUUGUGAAGGAACCAGCAUUUGAAGACAUCACCCUGGAAUCUGAAAGGAAAAGGAUAUUUAAGGAUUUCCUUCAUGUACUUGAGCACGAGUGUCAACACCACCACUCCAAGACCAAGAAACAUUCGAAGAAAUCCAAAAAACAUCACCGGAAGCGCUCCCGUUCCCGCUCCGGCUCGGAGUCCGAGGAUGACGACAGCCACUCCAAGAAGAAGCGGCAGCGCUCGGAGUCGCGGUCGGUGUCGGAGCGUUCCUCCAGCGCCGAAUCCGAGAGGAGCUACAAGAAGUCCAAAAAACACAAGAAGAAGAGCAAGAAGAGGAGGCACAAGUCGGAUUCGCCAGAAUCCGAUGUGGAACGAGAGAAGGACAAGAAAGAAAGAGAGAGGGACAGUGAGAAGGAAAGAGCCAGACAGAGAUCUGAGUCCAAGCAUAAAUCCCCCACUAAAAAACGGCCUGGAAAAGAUUCCGGAAACUGGGACACCUCUGGCAGCGAGCUGAGCGAGGGGGAGCUGGAAAAACAGAGGAGGACUCUUUUGGAACAGCUGGAUGAAGAUCAAUGAGAAGAUCCUUGAUACCAAAAACGUUUACAGGUGGCAAAAUAAAACCAAGCCUUGUGUGGGCAAGGCCCUGGGGCCGGUGGCCCGUGGCCCGUGGCCACAACAAGGGUGGCUUUUAGUUUUUUACCACUUCAAUCCAGUCAAAAGUAGAAAAAUCCAUGGAAUUCUGAGGGCAAAGCUGUGCCUGGCCUGGAGCUGCGGGGCGGGAUGGGAUCCCCUGGAGGGGACACAGAGGUGGCAGCAGUGUCCCCAAGCACUUUCCCGUGUCCUUCCCAAGGCAGGGAACAACCCUGGGCUGCCUGGGCAGAGCCCAGCUCAGCUUUGGGGAAAAAACUCCUGAUUUAAGUCCUUGUGCUUUCGUUCUUUGGAUUUGCUUGGGUGGGAUUUUUUUUUUUGGGAAGGCAGCAGGAGUAAGGAAUCCAUGUCCUGAUGUGUUCUGCAAUCCCCUGGAUUUUGGGGUUGUUUGGCACUGGGGUUUUUGUCCAAGAUUGAUCCGUGUCCAAGUCCCGACUCCAUCGAUCCCAAAUGCCAGGGAAUGCCGUGUUUGGGAAUUCUGCUGUGCCAGCAGAGGGAGCGUGUGGGACACGAGCACCUCGGCAUUCCCAAAAUCCCGGCCCAGCCCUGGCUGUUACUCCAGCGUUUCUCUCCACCUUUUCUCUCCCCCUUCGGAAAACUUAGGAAUAAAAAUCCAAUGUUAAACGCAAUUCCAUGUGUUGCCUUAAGAACCUGCUGCAGAAUGUACCUGCACAGCCAGAGGAGGGAGGAGGGAGCAGCUCCAGCCCCGUUUUCCAGCCCCUGCACGUUCAGGGAGGUGCCCCCAGCCCUGCUCGGUGAGAAAACUGGGAAGCCGCUGUCCUUGGAAUAUUUUUGUACAUUUUUAUCGAUGAUUAAACCUUGUCUUUUAGCA